AUGCCCUCAAAUAUUCCACGAGCCAUGAGCGACCGAGUUAAUUAUUCCGACACGAUCACAGGGGAAUAUAUCACUCCUACUAUGAGGCAAGAAGAUGAACGUCGCAACGUCUUUGAGGAUGUCGUUGCAGAGGAGAAUGUGUUCCAAUUCGUUGGCUCUGCAAACGGACAUUUAACGACUGCACGAUCAGUCACGGCUAAGGCAUACGCUACUCAAUGUCUUGGAGACGCCUCCGAGACUACGAUUCAGCAGAUUUCAAAAGACCGCAGCGGAAUCACCGUGAAGAAAGAACAUCCGAAUCACCAACAGCAGACAAAGCUUUUUCAAGGGCCCGGUCGCACAGUAGACUAG